AUGCCUUCUUGCAGACUCAACGACCCGAAUGCCGAGUGGGAGGCCAACAAUGGCAGUGAGCUCGUCCUUUCCAUCGAGAAGCUCCAGGAGAUCCAAGACGAGCUCGAGAGGGUAACGCUUUCUUUUGCAAAGGAAAAGGUCAAUGAGGAAGCACGUGAUAAAGUUUUUGAAGUGGAACAGAAAUACAAUGAGAUACGCAGACCUGUGUUUGUCAGGCGGGCUGAAAUUAUCCAGCGUAUCCCUGACUUUUGGUUAACUGCGUUCUUGAGUCAUCCUGCUCUUGGUGAUCUACUAACUGAGAAGGACCAAAUAAUGAAGGAUGCCAAAUAUAGCUAAGUUGAAUAAUGUUUUUUCACAUUGCAUCUUGUGACUUAGUCUGAAUUCAAUGGAUCUAAAUUUAUGAAUUUGUUUAAAUUUUAA